AUGCCGAGCUCUGGAUCAUCCGCUGAUAAGAUGGUCUUUGCCCAUUUCAUGAUCGGAAUCGUUUCAACGUACACCCAACAGGACCACGAGAAUGACCAGUCUCUCGCCAAGUCCAAGGGUAUUGACGGCUUUGCGCUCAACAUCGGUGUCGACCCAUACACCCAACAACAGUUGACCCUCGCCUACGCUGCUGCAGAAGCUGUAGGAUUUUACUGCUUCAUCUCCUUCGACUUCAACUGGUGGUCAACUGGAGACACCGCCGGAGUUGCCAACAUGCUCAAACAAUUCAUCAGCAGUCCGGCCGCUUAUAAGGUGGAUGGCAAACCGUUUGUGUCGUCAUUUAUUGGUGAUGGUUUUAACUGGGGAGCAUGUGCCGCUGCAGUCGGAGAGCCUCUCUACGCCGUGCCAUUCUUCCAACCUACUCCAUCUCUCGCCACAGACGAUGGUCUGGCUGGAUCCUUCUCCUGGGCGGCAUGGCCGGGACAAUUGGACAACGUCCCGGUCGAUCAGAAUAUGACCAUUUCCCGAGACGAAGAUUACAUGGACAUUCUUACUCCUGCCGGCAAGACCUACAUGGCGCCCGUGUCUCCGUGGUUCUUCACCCACUAUGGAAAGGAGGUCUCGUAUUCCAAGAACUGGCUUUUCUACUCUGAGGAACUCUGGAAGUACCGAUGGGACCAGAUUCUCCAGCUUGGCCAAAAAGGUGUAAAUCUCGUCGAGAUUGUGACCUGGAACGACUAUGGAGAAUCGCAUAACGUUGGACCCUUCAACACCCCUCACACCAAUGAUGGCGCCGCGCUCUGGGCGUCUGGCCUGAGUCAUACAUCCAUGCUGGACCUCUCGGUGCCGUACAUUGAGGCGUUCAAAGCGGGGCUGCCUGUCCCGGUAGUGACCCAAGAGUUCAUGGUGUACUGGCACAGACCCACUCUCAAGGACGUUGAGUGUGAUUCGACGGACAAUUGCGGCUCAAAGCCCACCGGAUGGGAGUAUGUCGCAGAUUCCGUUUUCGUCGCGACUGUGACCAAGAAUGGCGCCAUGGUGACCGUGACAUCGGGAGACAAUGCACCCGUGACCCAAAAGGUCUCUGGCGGUAUUCAGAUUUUCCAAGUGCCCAUGUCAGCGGGAGAUCAACAAUUCUCCAUGAAGACAUCCUGGGGUAUGAGCACAUCGGGAUCGUCUAACGUGACCGUGCUGGAUACCUGCUGGAACGGGAUCUACAACUUUGACUUUCACUCGGGAACUCUGUCAUGA